AUGAUCAACUCUCCACCACCAAGUGCGCUCGAAAAUCUGCCUGCAGAUAUACUAUUGGGCAUCAUUUCUUUCCUCGAAUCUUUGAGCGAUUUAAAUACGCUUGUCAAUGCGUCUUCGUCGCUGCGGAGAUUCUUCAUAGCGGAACGUCGGCGCGUCAUCCGACAUAUUGUUCACCGCGAUGCUGCUGCUGUCCUCAAAGAUGCUGUGGCUCUUGCAGUUAUCCCAAGAGCUGGUCAGUCUGGCAACAAUCAUGUAUGGGAGGUGGUGAGCGCCACCAAGCUAUAUGCGAUAUUUCGGGAUGACCUCGACGCAGGCACAGCAGACAUAUCAUCCAUAUCUGCUGAUCAUUUGAUCGAGGCUACGCGAUGCGACUUUAUAGCUCGGGACUUUGUCACUCUGUAUACAAAAGUUCAGCGACAGCAAUUAUGGACCUUGGACUCAGAGGCAGCCAAGCCACUCACGAAAGAUGAAGAAGACCGGCUCGUGCUUGCGUGCUUGCGGUAUCAAUUGCUUACACAAGUUUGUCGCGACCGCAUAGAGCAAAUCGCUGGAAUUCACGACUUUGCAGGCAAACUACAUCAAUUCUUCGUCUCGCUUGAUGCCUCAGAUGAGUUGGACCCGCAAAAUACACAUGUUUUCUACGAUAUUACGGUAUUCCGACAGAUACUAAGCCGUGCACUCACCACGAGCCAAGAAACAAUCAAGAUCUUUGCGGCUUCUUUGACACAGUUAAAGUGCCUUUCGGAUCAUCAAAUUCUCAGGGGAGGUCACCAAGUACCCAGUAACUAUAUUUUGGAGUACUUCCCAGUGGUUUCCUCACAGCUGGACCUGACCCUCCACACGCUCUUGUCCCAUGAAUAUGAGAUUAGACGGCUGCGAGAUGUGAUAUACGGUUACGAAAGAAGGCUACCGGCAAUCACCACUGGCGACUUGAAAACAGACCCUCCUUUCGCUUGGGUCGACGCGCACGCUGGUUUAGAUUGCCGCCGAUGGGGCUCAGAGUUGCUGCAAAAUUCACCAGACCACGUGGGUAUAGACAGCACGCGGUUGGAUCGGGUGAAAGCCACCGUUGAAGCAUGGAGGCAGCUUGGCUUCUUGUACUGGGAUCAAGAUCGCGUUCAGCUUCUGAAGGGGUCUCUUUUGCAGUAUCGAACGGGGUGGCUUAGAAAUGUAUGGGACAGGGCAGAUGUCUUCUAG